ACUUGUUGAUUGUUCCAGAGACUAGUUCUUCGAAGAAAAUGGCGUUCCAUUCGAAAGUUUUCCUACUAUUAUUUUUUGCUGCAACUUUGGUUUCCUCGCAUACGAUUCGCUCGCUGGUGGACGAAUGCAAAAAAACGGUCGCGAUUAGUGAUGAGCUGGAAAAGUCCUUUCUGGAACUUCAGUUUCCCCCGGAGGAGGAGGCGUCCCGCUGUCUGAUGCACUGCAUCGGGGAAACGUUGCAACUGUUCGACGGCGAAACCGGAGCCGUGAGGUUGGACAAUAUUAAGACGUUGCUCGGACAUGGAUCGGAAAGUUCGCAGGAGGAGUUCAGCGAGGAGCACAUCAAGUGUCUGGAGGAGGUGAGCGAUGACAAGGAGGACAGCUGUUCGAUGGCUUUCCAGGUGUACCAGUGCUUCGAGAAGGAAUUUCUGGAACUUAUGAAGAAGGACUUGGACGAAAGUAAAUGAAUAUGAUGUCUGCUUGUGAUUAAAACAGUAACUAACCAAAAUAAUAAAUAAU